AUGUCAGUCGACAGGUAUUCCGGAAUGGAGGGGACUGAACACAUUAGGUUUCAGAGACUGGUUCAAGUGUGCAAUAAAGCAUUGGAAGAAAGCAUAAGGAAGCUACAGUCCUGGGAGAAGAUACAUGAGUGCUUCCCGAACUAUGGUCAAACAAGAGAAGGGAUAGAAAAUCUUACAGUUUGUCAACAGCAAGUAAUCAAAUUAUGGUCAAAUCUUUCAAGAGUUGAAUUUGACGCGAUAUUUCACGAGCGAUCGAUUGAAGAGAAAUUAAAUCAACUAGAUGAUCUCAUAAACAAGGCAAGAAGCAUAGAUACUUCUUCUUCUAGCAAGAAGCUGCGAAAAAUUGAUGAUUUAAGGCCACUGGAACUAAUUGAAGGGAAUUUACAGGGUGCUAAAGAAUCGACACUCGAAAGGAUUAAUAAUAAAUUACAGAUAAUAAAAGAAUCUAACGAAGCGUUGGAGACAAAUUUAAAGGACCUCAAUGACAAUAUAUUUCAAGAAUUGGACCAGUUGCAACAGGUUUAUGACGAUAUGUUAAACGAAAAGUCCAUGCUACCUGACGAAACGAUAAAGCAGGCAGUUAGUGACAUGAUAAUUGAAUCAAGACAGACAUCAUAA